AUGGCUCGUUUUAACAGUCCUGAUGAGGUCAAUGGAUUUAUCAACGCCUUCGCUGCUCGUGGCUAUCAUCAGCUUGAUAACGCACGCUCCUACUCCCCUCAUGCCCCAGGCAGUUCUGAACCCAGGCUGGGGGCGGUUGCUGCGGGCGACAGAUUCGUCAUCGACACCAAGGUCAACUCGCUCAAGCCUGGCAGUCAUACCAAGAAAAACGUUCUGAAGGAGAUCGACCUGUCUCUGGAGGCAUUGAAGAUCAAACAAAUCAACAUUGAGUACUUGCAUAUGCCAGACAGGGCCACCAAGUUCGAGGAGGCUUGUGAAGCUAUGGAUCAAGCACACAGAGAGGGGAAGAUCAAGCACUGGGGUCUGUCCAACUACAAAGCUGAUGAAGUCCAGACUAUCAUCAACAUUUGUGAGGAACGCGGGUUUGUGAAGCCGACCGUCUACCAAGGCCAGUAUAAUCUUAUUGUGAGGGGUGGUGAGAAGGAACUGUUUCCUAUCUUGCGAAAGAAUGGCAUUGCCUUCUAUGCCUACAGCCCUGCUGCCGCUGGAUUCUUUGCUGGCAACCACAAGAAAGUCAAGGCGGGUGGGCGAUAUGAUAAAUCGCUUAUUCUGGGUGGCAUUUAUUCUCAAUUCUACUUGAAGCCAUCUAUCAUGGCCGCCACGGACAAGGCACUUGAGAUCGCAUCUGGCCAUGGAAUUAGUGGCCAUGCUGCUGCUCUUCGGUGGACGGCGUACCACAGCCAGCUGAACAAGGCCCACGGGGACGCCAUCAUCAUCGGAGCUUCGAGCCCGGAGCAACUCGAGUCAAACAUUGACAUGAUUGAGCAGGGCGCGCUGCCUGAUGACGUGGUUGCGGCUUUGGAAGCCGUGUACAAGGAAAUUGGCGACGAGGUCUCGUAUCAUAUGUAA